CAUGCACUUUAUGCAAUCAUCCACUUCCUUUCACAGUGUAGACUGAUGGGCUUCAUCUUCAUCACAAUCCUCAAAAGCUGAAACCCCAGAGAGAGAGAGAGAGAGAGAGAGAGAGAGAGAGAAAUGCAGCUUUACUCUAAGAUGCUGGCAAUCUUAGCAGUUCCCGCAUGUCAAGCUUUUCUUCUUCCCUUAGCCGCUCAUCAACCCGGCGAGGCGAACCAGAUUCAAGGCCACAAGAACGCUCGCCAAAAUCUUCACAAGAUGAAUGCGAAGAUAAACAAGGACAUAGCAAUGCACGGGCUUCUACUUUGGUCAUCGAUGGGUUUCUUAAUGCCUCUCGGAAUACUCGUAAUCCGAUUGUCCAUUAGAGAGGAAAACCGCGCCCGGGCCAAAGCGUUCUUCUACAUUCAUGUCAUCUUGCAGGUCCUCUCACUACUCCUUGCCACAUCUGGAGCAAUACUAUCAAUCAAAACCUUCGAAAAUUCAUUCGACAACCAUCAUCAGAGAAUAGGCCUCAUUCUCUAUGUAGCCAUUUGGGUACAAGCCUUGACUGGACUCCUGAGACCCCGUAGGGGGACCAAAAGGAGAAGCACUUGGUACUUCUCGCAUUGGAUUCUCGGAACGGCCGUUUCGCUUCUGGGGAUCAUCAACAUCUACACAGGUAUAAUGGCCUUUCAUGACAAGACAUCAAGAGCCACGUGGGUGUGGAACAUCCUCUUCACCGCCCAAGUCUCCCUAAUCGCCUUCUUGUAUCUCUUCGUCGACAAAUGGGACUACAUGAGGAGACAAGGCGUCGCCUCGGGCGGCGACCCAACCACGCCCUCGCCUAACAAUUUGACGAACACCCAAGUCGAGAGCGGGAAGGAGUUGGUGCUCGUGCCAUGUUCGAAACAUAACGCUCUCAAGAACCUGUUUGAUUAGUCUGCACGCCGACAUCAUCUGAAUCGUUGAGUCUGAUGGAUUUUACAUAGGAUCCGUCGGAAUCAACGGUUAAAAUCCAUUUAGAUGCAUACAUCGGUACAUUUUUCUUUCUCUUGUUUGAUUUUUCAAAUUUUUUUUCUGGGUUUUUGGGAGCAUCGACCCUAAUUUCUUCUUCUCUUUGAUUGUUUGCUCUCUACAAUAGUAAAUUGUUUUGAGGCUUGAACUCCUAGAGACUCCUCUCAAAGUUUGAAAAAUUAGCACGAAUACGACUCAUUUGGAUAUCACGAUACACAUCAAUCCUUGAAAGCAGAGGAACUAAUUAUUCAAGGGUUUUUGGUGUGUUGGAUGAAUUCACAUGAAUCGGAUUCGUGCAACAUGGGGUCCUGUGUAUGAUAUUUGUUUGAA